CACGCCGAGUGCCCAGGAAUAGGUCAACAAUAUGGAUCUUUUAAUUCGCAUGCUCUUGACAUUGGUCUUUCCGGCUGCGAUCGGCGGCAGUGCGGAAACAUCCGCCGGCUACAAAUCUUGUGCACCAGACAAGAACUGUGUCUCCUACGAUCUGUGCAACGAGGGCAUCUUUGUGGACGGCCACUUCUAUCCCGACCGGAGUCGCACGCUCCUCGACGAGCAGCACUGUCACUAUAUGGAAAAGUGCUGCAACGUGAACGAAACGCUUUCAGCAUCCAGCGAGAUUGACUACAACGAUUAUCUGGGACAUCUGAAGCAAUGCGGCGGACGCCUAGAUCUCUGGUUCCACUUGAACCCGAUGGGCUACAAAAAGCAGGAGGCCAACUUUGGCGAAUUUCCCUGGCUAGUCGCCAUCUACGGAGCAGACGGAUAUCUGUGCAGCGGUGUUCUCAUUACACCCCUCGCGGUCUUAAGUGCCGCUCACUGUGUCCAGGGCGAGACGGCAGCUGAUCUCCGCCUGGUUGCCGGCGAAUGGGAUGCUGCGGUUCAGCUGGAGCCGUUGCCGCAUCAGGAGCGGAGUGUGGCCGAACUGUUGCUGCAUCCAAACUACACGCAAUCGCCGGCGGGCCACAAUAUGGCGCUGCUCCUGCUGGCGCCGGAGGCAUCCUUCUCGCUAACUCCGCACGUGCAGGUGAUCUGCCUGCCGCCUCCGCACAUCAUCUACAACUUCAGCCAGUGCUUCGUGGCGGGCUGGCGGCGGUCGGACUUCAAUGCGAACGAGACUCUGCCCAAGCGUUGGCCCCUCUACGUUCUGCCGCGGGAUCAGUGCGCGGUGAGGCUGCGUCCGGCCAUAUUGGGCCGUCGCUUUGCGCUCAACGAUACGCUCCUCUGCACCGGCGGCGACAAGGACGACUUUGUGUGCAGCGACAUGGGCGCCAUUCCCCUGAUGUGCCCUCUCUCCGGCAGCGAUGAUCGCUUCGUGCUCGCCGGCCUGCUGGCACGGGCGACCCGUUGCGACGGCCCUCAACUGUUGGGCAUCUACUCGAACGUGAAGUUCUACAGGCGCUGGAUAGAUCAUACGCUCAGGGAGCGCGACCAGGACAUCAGGCAGUAUAUGGUGUAGACGAGAGACUGGGCAAAAAAUGCAGAACAAUUAUUUAUGCCGUUUAAUUACCCUUUCAAAGAUUUUCGUUUAAUUUUAAGCAUUUUUUAUAAGCGUAUGUUAGCUGCAAAAGUCAUUUAGUCAAAAAGCUACAUUCUUUUCUUAUACUCUUAGAAGU